AUGACUUCAUCGGUAACAAAAACCAAAACUGGCAAACAAAUCUCAUGCAAAGUUCAUAUGCUCGAUGAUCAAGAUUUACCAUUUCAUAUUGAUCCAAAAGCUACUGGUCAAGAUUUAUUAAAUACGAUCUGUAAUAAUAUCGAUUUACUCGAAAGAGAUUAUUUUGGUUUAGAAUAUCUUGACAGUCAUCGAAAUGUUUGUUGGCUUGAAUCAGAUAAACCAAUUCUUAAACAAGUUUCAGAAACAAAAUUUUCAUUCUGUGUUAAAUUUUACACACCGGACCCAGGACAAUUGGAAGAAGAAUUUACUAGAUAUCUUUUUGCAUUACAAAUCAAACGUGAUCUUGCUGUUGGUGCAUUACUAUGCAGUGAUAAUACCGCUGCUUUACUUGCUUCAUACAUUGUUCAAGCGGAAAUUGGUGAUUAUCUCGAUUCAUAUAAUAAUAAUCCAAGUUAUUUUAAUAAUCGUAAAUGUUUUCCUCAUCAAACAGCGGAACAUGAAAUUCGCAUAAUGAAUUUUCAUAAAAAUCAUCUUGGUCAAUAUCCAGCUGAUGCUGAUCUGAAUCUACUCGAUAUAUCACGUAAAGUUGAAUUGUAUGGCAUAAAAAUGCAUCCAGCUAAAGAUCACGAACAAGUUCAUCUUAAUUUAUCUGUUGCACAUAUGGGCAUACUUGUUUUUCAAAAUAUAACAAAAAUCAAUACAUUUUCAUGGGCAAAAAUUCGUAAAUUAAAUUUUAAACGUAAAAAAUUUCUAAUUAAAUUACAACCUGAAGGAUAUGGUUAUUAUAAAGAUACAGUUGAAUUUUACUUUGAUACACGUGAUGAAUGCAAAAAUUUUUGGAAAAAAUGUAUUGAAUAUCAUGCUUUUUUCCGUUGUGUUACUAUUCAACGUUUACAUCGUUCAAAAAAGAAAUUACUAGCAGGCGGCUCAUCAUUUCGUUAUCAUGGUCGUACACAAAAAGAAAUUACUGAAUAUGCACGUGAAAAUUAUACUAAAAAUCGAUCCUUUACGCGAUCUUAUUCAAAUACACGUGCAGUUGCACCAAUAGUUAAUCGAUCGCAUCGUUCACCUGGUUCAACAAUAAAAACAUCUGAAACAAUUGAAUCUGUUCGUCAUCAUAAAACUCAAACAGGUCUUACAGGAGAUACAGCGAAUGUUUAUCAACAAGUUUAUUGUGAUGACUCUUCCACACAUGGUAGUCGAACAUUAGAUUCUAAAUAUAGUCGAGAUAGAUAUGAUUUAUCUGACGAACAAAAUACUGAUGAAGAUGAAGACGAACUUAUACAAAAAUCAACUAAUGGUUUAUCAUCAUCGUCGCCAACAAAUAUUGGUAGAAGUAGUGAGCCAUCUCAUGCUGAUGAAAGACAUAGCCCAUUAAUUCAGCAUCCAAUUGAUCAAGUAGAUAAAGAAGAUUCAGUAACUUCUUUGUCGAUAUCAACAAGUCUACCGAAAUCACAACAACAUCGCCAACAGAUCAGUGGAUUUAUUAAUAACCAUCGACCAGUACCAUCUAUGACAAGUAGUACACCAAUAAGAAAAUCAUCAACAAGUGAGCAACAAGUAGCUUCAACAACAACACAUCGGUCAAGUGUUGGCAAACCAACAACACUUAUAAAUCAUAACAAUACUGAUACUCAAAGUCCAACUAAAACGUCUUCCGUGGAUGACAAUGUGCUUCUAUCUGUAUCAUCUUCACAUAUUUCGACACAAUCAGCAAACAAAAUUGAAGAAAUAGUUAUCGAUAAUAAUAAGACUCGAAUUAUACCAAUUAUUCAUGAAUCUCGAUCACCAACCGUACCUAUCAAUACAAAUGAAUCAAGAGCCGCUCUUAUAGGUCAACAAUCACCAUCCCGACUAAUUUCAUCAGCAUCUUAUGCAAUGAGUCCUCCGUUUGCAGGCAUUCCAUUAGCAGUUGGCACUAUUCCUUCAUCAUCAUCAUCAAUAAUACUUCCAACAACUGUUUCAUCAACAAUGAUAAUAUCGCCUAUUCAUGAUCGAUCAUUUUAUAUUUGUAAAGAGUUAUUAAUGACUGAACGAACAUAUAGAAACGAUAUGGGAGUUAUUGCUGAAAAUUUUCGUCGUGAAAUAAUGCUUGUUCUGAAUCAGCAACAAGAUUUAUAUAUGGACGAAGAAUAUAAUUUUGAAAAUGAAACAUUAAUUCAUUUGUCUGAUAUUUUAUUUACACAUUUAUUACCUGUUUACAAAUUUCAUUUACAUUUUCUUCGACAACUUGAACAAAGAAUGGCGAUUUGGGAAACUCGAUCCGUACCGGGCAAUGAUUAUUAUAAUUCUGAGAAGAUCAAUUCAAAUAUUGGAGAUUUAAUUAUGAAUUUAGUUGAGAUUUUACCGAGAUAUGAACUUUAUAUUGAAAAUUAUGAUUGUUUAUUAACAGAACUUGAAUAUGUUCUUAAACAUAAUCGACGUUUUGAUAUGAUUUACAAAGAAUUUGAAUCAGAAAAACUGUGUUAUUUAUCCUUAAUAUCAUUUUUAACUAAGCCACUACAACGACUAUUACAUUAUGAAUAUUUACUUGAAAAAUUACUUAUUUGUUAUAAAAAUCAUACUCAUGAAAGUGAAUAUCAAGAUUGUUAUGGAGUUUUUAUUAAAAUUCAAGAUCUGAUCGAAAAUUUUACUGAUUCAUUAACAAUAAUAUUAAAUCGACAAAAAUUGAUUGAAUUUCAACGUGAUCUGAUCGGUGUUGAAAAUCUUUCAAAUCAAUAUGAUCGCUUAUUCAUACGUGAAGGUUGCCUUCAAAAACUAUCAAGAAAAGGCUAUCAACAACGAAUGUUUUUUCUAUUUUCUGAUGUUUUACUUUAUUGUGCACGUAGUUCCAGUCCAGUACUUAAAUUUAAAUUACACGGAGAACUUCCAUUGAAAUCAAUGACAGUUGAAGAUACUGAUGAACGCAUUCAAGUUCCAAAUUCCAUUAGUAUCUAUGCUGGCAAUCGCUCAUUACUGGUAGCAGCAAGUUCGGAAACCGAAAAGAAUAAAUGGCUGUAUGAUUUAAAGUCAGCUAUUGCCAGCGUCAAAUUGAAUAAUGAGGAUCAGAAAAAUCAAUAUACAGCUACAAUCAAAUCGAAUGCAUCAUCUGAAAAUCUGGAACAUUCUCUAGUUGGUACACUCGAUGAUGAUGAUCCUAACCAAAUGGAUCGUUCGAGUUGUCAACAUCGUACUGAUACAACAAUGCAUGUAUGUUGGCAUCGAAAUUUAUCUGUAUCAAUAAACGAUCAUCGGCAAGCAAUUAAAAAUCAACUGAGUGGCUAUUUAUUGCGUAAAUUUAAAAAUUCAAAUGGUUGGCAGAAGUUAUGGGUUGUUUUUACAAAUUUUUGUUUAUUCUUUUAUAAAACUUUUCAAGAUGAUUUUCCACUGGCAUCAUUGCCAUUGCUUGGUUAUCGUAGUUCAUUGCCAUCAGAAAUUGAUUGUGUUAAUAAAGAUUUCGUAUUUAAAUUACAAUUUAAAAAUCAUGUCUAUUUUUUUCGAGCCGAAAGUCAAUAUGCCUUUGAUCGAUGGAUGGAAGUUGUGUCAAGUGCAACGACAACAACGACUAGCCAAUUAAUUUAG